AUGCGGGCUGGAGGCUGGGCGAGAGAGAGUCGCUUCCCCUGGCGACAGGGUGACUCGGCCGAGCGCGGCUGGGUGGAAACGAGCGCUCAUUCGCAAGGCAGUUCCCAGCCAGAAGACGAGGCCGGCGAUUGGCGCGCCGAGCGAGACCAGAGCCUGUUGUUGCUAAGCAACGCCCUCCCAUGCGACCGGCCAUUAGCGACAACGCUCCUGCAAUCCGGAGAGAGACUCACAGAACAUCCUGGAAGUGUGGUCCUUGUGACAUGUGCAGUGCCAGCACGCGUGGUGAUCAGUGAUUCUGUGGCAUGUGUGCUCGCUUGUGUGCCUGACACACUCAAAAUUCUGACCGAAGCGACCAAAGCGCCCCCGAGGGCUGUCGCCCUGGCGUCCUUUUUGGGGGACUCCUACGCCCUGGGUGCCAGAGCCCCACCCGCAAAGGACCUCCUCGCAUUCGGAUCAGUGCUGCAGCAUACACAACACAACAUAGGUCGCGCCGAGCCUCCCGUGGGGGUGGGAGACCCCUGUGCGGGCUGCAACAAGCCCAUCCUGGACAAAUUCCUGCUGAACGUGCUGGAGCGCGGCUGGCACGCCUCGUGCGUGCGCUGCUGCGAAUGCAAUCAUCUCCUCACGGACAAGUGCUUCAGUCGCGAGGCGAAGCUGUACUGCAAAAAUGACUUCUUCCGGCGUUACGGCACGAAGUGCAGCGGAUGCGGCCAGGGCAUCAUCCCAUCGGAGCUGGUGAGGCGCCAGCGGGACAAGGUGUUCCAUCUCAACUGCUUCACGUGCUGCGUGUGCAGGAAGCAGCUGAGCACGGGCGAGCAUCUGUACGUGCUGGACGACAACAGGUUCAUGUGCAAGGAUGACUACUCGCAGAUGAAGGCGGCCGGUCCGGCGGCGCUCACGGAUUCUCUGAUGGGCUCAGGCUCUGAGGACGAGGACGACGAGGAGACGCACUUGCGGGGGCCGCCAAUGGGCCUGGGUCCUCUGGGCCCCAAUGGGCCAGACUCAGCCGGACCGCUGGGCACGUCAGAUCUCUCAGUACAAAGCAUCAGUACGGACAGCAAAACCGGCCACGAUGACUCGGAUCAGGGUUCUCUGGACGGCGAUCCUGAUGGCCGUGGAGACUCGCAGGCGGAGAACAAGAGUCCGGACGAUGGCGGCAGUGGUUCAAAGCGUCGCGGUCCGCGGACGACGAUCAAGGCGAAGCAGCUGGAGAUCCUGAAGACGGCAUUUAGUCAAACACCAAAACCCACCAGGCACAUUCGAGAGCAGCUCGCCAAGGAGACCGGACUGCCCAUGAGAGUGAUUCAGGUCUGGUUCCAGAACAAGCGGUCCAAGGAGAGACGCCUGAAGCAGCUGACGAGCAUGGGCAGAGGUCCUUUCUUCGGCGGAGCCCGCAAGAUGCGCGGCUUCCCCAUGAACUUGUCACCUGGCGGUCUCGAUGAUGUCCCACCGAAUUUCCCUUACUUCGCCGGCGACGGAAAGUUCGAGUUCGGCUACGGCGGGCCUCCGUUCCAUCCGCACGACGGACCCUUCUUCCCCGGACACCCAGGACCAGGACCCAUGCCAUUCAAUGCGCCAGGCGGUCCAAUGGAUCACGCCGGACCGAUUCCGAUGGUGUCUGAGUUCGGCGGCAUGACGCCGGAUUCGGGCUUCAUGGGGCAACCCACGGGCCCGCCGGGCGGGAAUGGCGGCGCCGGCGGCCCGGGCGGCGGUCCGGGCGGCGGCGCGGGAGCCGGUGACAUGCUGGGCGGACCGCGUGGCGGCUCGCCCGAGUUCCUGAGCGCCGGCAACUUCUCAGAGCCGCAGAACAUGCAGAACGAGCAGCUGGUGUGGUAAAAUGAGGCGUCCCGCCGCCUCCUGAUCUCCAUGAUCGCCUGGGCGGGCGUGAGUGACUGUGGGAGGUUCGGCGAGUGAGUGAAUUCCAUAAUGUGGGUGGACAGUGAAGUGGACAAACUGUGGCGAGAGACGCUUGAUGAAAUUCCCCAGAAACACUGCAUUUGUGCUGAGAAUUCACAAUAUUAAAAGAAAAAAAAACCCAUAAAUUGCAAUUGUAUUUGAUGAGAAUUCAGUGAAUUAAGGGCUGGUUGGUGAGGAUAGUUCAUUAGACAUUAGGUGUAAAAUAACUGUGUAAAUAGUGUAAGAGACUCUUCUCAAGUAGAGAAUAUCAUCGUCUCCUUAUAAUAGAUAAAUCUUCAAGUGAAUAUUGAAUCUAACUUAGCUCAUGAGAUGACAGUUUAUUUCUUUUUUUUGAUUUGAAGAUUUGUGAACGAGGAAGACAUGUAAAAAGGAACCUUUAAUUUUUAAGUAGAGAUGGAGUAUAAAAAAAGAGAGGCAAAUCUCACAAGAUUUCUGAUAAAUUGUCACAGAGAAGCAGAAUUCUGCUAAACAUUUAUAGACUUAAGAAUGGAAAUAAGAAAAAAAUCAUUUAAUCUACUGCAUUUUCUCCCUGUUAACCUUUAAGAGAAUGUAAAUCACAAGAAAAAAAAAACCAUGCAAAAGCUCAUAAAUUGAUGGAAAAAUAGUCUAAGAGACACACAAACACACACACUCUAUAUAUAUAAAAUGAAUCUGAUAGUCGAGAUGAGAAAAGAAAUCACACAGAAGGAAACAUAAUGUGAAAAUAAAAGAGAAAAUUGA